CAUAACCUAACCUCAACUUUAUGUUUUUGUUUUUGUUUCUAGCUGCGAUUUUUGUACCUAAAUGGUUUAAUUAUUAUGCUUGUUUAAAUGAAUAUUUUUCUAUUAAAAUGAGUACGAAAAAAUGUGUAGGCAAAGAGACCUUCCAGAGGAUAAAUUACCUAUAUCAGCUAUGCAAUAAACUAACAACAGAAAACAGAGCUGCUCAUAUUGCCUCAAACCACUACUCAAAUUUAGCAGUAAAUAUCUCAAAAAAAGCUGUUCAAAGAUUAGAUAUUGACAUCAAGAGAACCCUAUGCAAAGGCUGCCGAUCCAUACUCAUACCAGGUGUAACAUGUAAAAUAAGAAUUAAAAAGAAAAAAGUGCUUAAACAUUGCAUGAAGUGCAGUAGAGUUAAAGUAUUUGAUACUAGGAACAAAAAUUAUGUGCCUUGGAGUCAUAGAGAGGAGAGUUUGGUUGAAUUAUUGGAUUAUGCUGAUGAAGAAAGUGAAAGCAAAAAGAACAAAAUGGAUACAAGUGGAAAAUAGUGUGAUAGGAUUUUGUAUUUUUUGUCUACAUGGAAUUUGUAAGGUUUAAACGGAUUGCAAAAUAAAUGAUUUGAUUUUCAAUUAA